GAGUAUUGUGCAGGGCUUUGGAGAAAGCAGAAAGGAAUAAGCACAUCUAUCGCCGUUGAACCCCGAGGCGAGGCGGGUAAAGCUGGAACUGCAAGAGAGAAGCAGGGGGAGCGAGAAUGGAGGCAUUGAAGGUGUUGAGCCUAUCUUCUCGGCCAUUCCGUCGCCAUCUUCUCCACUUUACUUCUUCAGCUCCCACUCCAAAUCCUGCAUAUUAUUCUACUUCAAUUCUCCGAUGUUGCUCCCCUGCUGCCACCGGAGGCGGCGUAGCUUCAGCCAGGCCUGCCGGCCGCAGCCGCCGUUCCUCCUCCUCUUCCUCUCCUACUUCAUCUUCGUCCACUUCAGACCGUGAGGCCGUUCGAGCUAUUAGGCUGAAAAAGGUGGAGGAACUAAGGAGCAAAGGGUUUGAGCCCUAUGCAUAUAAAUGGGACAGAACUCAUACUGCUAAUCAGCUGCAGGAGUUGUAUAGGAAUUUGGGGAACGGCGAAGAAUCAAACAGUGAGAGUGAUCAUGUAUCCGUAGCUGGGAGAAUUGUUGCCCGCAGGGCUUUUGGGAAGCUUGCUUUUCUGACACUGAGAGAUGACUCUGGGACUAUUCAGCUUUACUGUGAGAAAGAGAGGCUCGUGGAUGAUCAAUUUGACCAGCUGAAGAACCUUGUUGAUAUCGGUGACAUAUUGGGUGCUAGUGGUUCAAUGAAGCGGACAGAAAAAGGAGAGCUUUCUGUUUGUGUAAAAUCUUUCACCAUUCUUACAAAGUCUCUGCUUCCACUUCCGGACAAGUAUCAUGGUUUAACCGAUGUUGAUAAGAGAUAUCGCCAGCGUUAUGUUGAUAUGAUAGCAAAUCCUGAAGUGGCUGAUGUAUUCCGCAAAAGAGCAAAGAUUGUUUCAGAAAUCCGCAAGACAGUGGAAUCAUCUGGUUUCAUUGAAGUUGAAACACCAGUUCUACAGGGAGCAGCUGGUGGAGCUGAAGCUAGACCCUUUAUGACAUAUCACAAUUCACUUGGAAGAGACCUCUAUCUUAGGAUUGCAACUGAGCUGCAUUUAAAGAGAAUGUUGGCAAGUGUGGGGGGUUUCGAGAAGGUAUACGAGAUAGGAAGAAUAUUUAGAAAUGAAGGAAUUUCACCCCGUCAUAAUCCUGAGUUUACAACUAUUGAGAUGUAUGAAGCUUAUUCAGAUUAUGAGAGCAUGAUGAAUAUGACAGAAGAGAUUGUUACAAAUUGUGCUCUUGCUGUUCACGGGAAGCUUACAAUUGACUACCAGGGGGCAGAUAUAUGCCUAGAGCGGCCUUGGAGGAGGGAAAGCAUGCAUAAUCUUGUAAAAGAAGUAACUGGUAUAGAUUUCAAUGAUUUGGGCAGUGAUCUUAGAGUUGCUAAGGAGGUAUCUUUGAAGUCUCUCGAACCUGAGCUUGAAAGCAAAGACAGGUCUGCUAUUGAGGCAUGUGCUUCUGUAGGUCACCUUCUUAAUGAGGUUUUUGAAAUUUUCGUAGAGCCAAAGCUCCAGCAACCCACAUUCGUUUUGGACUAUCCCAUUGAGAUAUCUCCCCUCGCAAAGCCACACAGAAGGCAUGUAGGCUUGACUGAGAGGUUUGAACUCUUCAUCUGUGGUCGUGAAUUGGCCAACGCAUUCUCUGAAUUGACUGAUCCAAUGGAUCAGAGGGUAAGAUUGGAAGAGCAAGUGAGGCAGCACAAUGAGAAAAGGAUGGCAUCUGGUUCGGAAGUGUGUUCUAGUUCUACAGAAGGAGGUAGAAAGAAAGACGAGGAUGAUUCAUAUGAAGUUGCAUUGGAUGAUGACUUCCUAGCAGCAUUGGAAUAUGGAAUGCCUCCUGCUUCUGGAUUGGGACUUGGAAUUGAUAGGCUGGUAAUGCUUUUGACGAACUCACCGAGUAUCCGGGAUGUUAUUGCCUUCCCCGUGCUCAAGAUCCAGCAGUAGGGGUUCCCUGGAAGACAGCGGCAAUGAAGUGGAGUGAAGCUGGAAAACUGAAUGAAGCUCAGCCAAGCAAUCAUUUUGGAGACCUAUCAUAUCAUUUCCCCAUAAAAUGAUGCUGGUUGGAAUUUUUGUGAAUUUUUGAGAGCAUUGUUCCUUUAUUAUAUACUGAGAGUUUUACCUCCGCAAUUCUGAAGUUUGCCACUUUACUGAUUGAUAGUCUUUUGUUUUAGCACCACUGAAAAUAAAGGAGAGUGAUUUCUUGUUACAGAACGCAGACUAACGGAAGGUCUAGUGACUAACUUCCUCUCCAGGUGAAUGAAUAAAGCAACCAAGAAGAAGAAUAGUGGCAAGUCUUGUUUGUACAGGAAAGAAAUACCAAAACGAA